UGAAUGAAUAAACCACCUUCCUUCUCCCUAAAGAAUUCUUCUCCUUUUCUUCCCAAAAAACCCUACUACCGCCACAUCACACCUUCCUCUGUACGGCCGGCAAGGAUCGGACGUAUCAUCUGGUGCUCUCAUUUCCGUUCUCAAUGGCUCCCUCUGAUCAACCUCACUCCUCCUUGACAUUAGAAGACGUCAUGCAUGCCCUAGAAGCCCUGGGCAACGAUCUGCAGGACACCAAAUCUCGGGUGGCAGACUUGGUGAUGUCCAGACGACCGGCAUUCAGUGAGCAUCAGCGGCCGGUGUAUCAAACAAAUCCUGGCUGGCGUCCUCCGGCUUCCCGCACGACCCCUCCAACGCUGGACUCGGCCCCAAGAAUGCGCGUUGAUGCUCCUCCAUUCUCCGGGGAAGACCCGACAGGUUGGAUCUUUCGUGUUCAAAAGUAUUUUGAUUACUUUCUCACGCCCGAACCCGAACGUUGGCACUUGGUUGCCAUGUUGAUCGAUCAUCCGGCAUCGGAAUGGUUUCAUUACUACCAGGCGAAUAACCCUAUGGCUACAUGGCCGGAAUUCUUGGAUGCAGUCCAACAACGGUUUGAUCCCACCUACUAUGAGAAUUAUGUGGGGCUCUUGUCUAAGUUGACACAGACCUCGACAGUGUUGGCAUACCAAACCGAGUUUGAAAGUCUACUCAAUAAGGUGUCCGGGGUGCCAGAGUCCACUCUUGUCGCCAUGUUUAUUGCCGGACUCAAGCAACCCAUUCAACGCGAGGUGAAUCUCCGGAACCCCUCUACUCUUCCCAUCACCUUUUCUUUAGCCCGGGAACUUUCGGCUUGCCACUCGGACGCGACGGGAUUGUAUGGAAAAGAUACGAGACGCCCAUGGUCCUCCCGUCCUCCCGUCUCACCUACGGCGGGUAUCCUGCCCACUCCGCCAUCCUCCAGCCGGGCGACACCCCCACCUCCAGCGGGUCGAGGAAGUGACUCCAAUUCUAAACUUCCGAUUGUUUGGCUCACGAAUACCGAAAAGACGGAACGCACGAAAAAAGGAUUAUGUUGGUAUUGCGAUGAGAAGUGGGUUCCGGGCCAUAAUUGCAAGCAUCGUUUCUUGCUCUUAAUGGGACCGGAUCAUGACGAUGAUUCUCUAGACGAUGGCAGCGGCAUCCCUCCCGACGACGACCUCAUCACGGCGGACAUAUCCAGUCUGAACUCUCUGGCCGGAAACCCUAGUCCCCGUGCAUUGAAGUUGGCAGGCACGGUGCAUGGUUCCCUGGUACAGGUGUUAUUGGACAGCGGUAGUACACACAAUUUUAUCCAUCCAGGCGUGGCCGAACGUCUUCACUUGCCACUCCAACCGAUUCCGCCAUUCCGGGUCUAUGUCGGCAACGGCGAUUCUCUACGUUGCUCCCACUCCUGCCCGCAGACUUCCCUUUCCUUACAGGGCAAUGUGUUUCUGGUUGAUUUAUACAUUCUUGAAAUCCAUGGAACCGAUGUGGUCCUCGGUGUGCAGUGGUUACAAACAUUGGGGCGAAUCUGCCACGACUAUGCUAAGAUGACUAUGGAGUUUACGAUGGGCAAGAAGAUGAUUACACUUCGCGGUGAUGUCCCCCAACCACGGGCCAUAUCUUAUGGGCACCUCUGCACGUUACUGGCUUCCCCUGGGGACUGGGCCAUUUUUGAAUUGCUCCCCGCACGGGUGGAACAGCAGCCAGUGGGGGGCGAGGCAGUGUCUUUACCAGAGGAUACACCGCCCACUCUCCGCCCUAUUCUCCUCGAGUUCGCAUCUGUUUUUGGAGCUCCGGCAGCCCUUCCACCUUCACGCAGUUGGGACCACCGCAUUCACCUGGGAAGAGAUGGGCAAACCGAAGUCCUCAACCGAAGCCUUGAGCAAUAUCUCCGGGCCUUCACGCACGAACGCCCGUCUAAAUGGGUCGGCUGUCUCCCUUGGGCAAAACUGGCCUUGAACUGCAGUUACCACGAAGGCCUAGGCACGUCACCGUUUCGGGCCCUUUAUGGCCGUGAACCACCGUCUGUCUUCCCCACUAUCUCUGUACGUGCCAAGAACCCGGAGGUGGAGGAGGUUCUACGUGAGAGGGCAGAUUUACUGGAUGAUUUGAAGACCCAUCUCCGGAAGAUGCAACACCCCAAGGGCAACGUCACCAAAAGGGUUUUCGCCAAACCGCCGCCUCACCCGACCCGUUCGUCUUUGAGCCCUAGUUCCGAUCUCCGCUGCGACGAGCUGCACCUCCACGACUCAAAUCUCCGGGAACUCGUCGGUGGAGAAGAAGAACAGCAACCAUAUGCCGAAUUACAUGAGACGAAUGCCAAGCAGAGAAAUAAAAGAUUGACGGAUGCCGGUUGUGAGAAAGAUAGUGAAAAUGACUUCUCCACGAUCUCCUUCCUUCUGCAAUCAUAUUCCUUCUUUGUUUAUCAAUCAAUGCCAAAACCCAAUGUUAUCCUUAUUUUCUUGCUUUAAAGCGAUAAUUCUUUUUUUUUGAAUGCUCUGGCGAAAUUCAAAUUCCUCAACCUGCUGCAGCAACCGUCCAAUACAAAGGCUCUCAUUGG